GCUGUAAAAUACCAGCCUUCGUGCGCUUGCGCCUGCCCAUACACUGAAAAUCCCCAAUGACCAACUACCGUACCUUUUCGCGUUUCCCCUGCUUGCUUGUCCUGGGCCCUCUGUGCUACGCAUGCGCACAGCUCUUCCUGGACAACUCUCACGUCGGAAGGUUCGUCAACAGUCUCGCCGCCGAACUAGAGUCUUGGCGGGCUCCUCAGUCUCCAUCGACCUCGGCGACACCGCCGGGCAUCGGCCGCGACGAUAUUGUGCCGACCUCCGCCGCCGUCGCUGUCCCUCACUGUGGCAGCAGAACCGGCGGCGGGAACACCGGACGUGGGGAUCACUUGGGCGGGACGUCUGCGUCCGAUGACUUCGUCCCGACCUCUGUGGUACCCAUUCCUACGGUGGCUAAGACUCGAAGGGAGGGCAAUGGUGACGCGUCGACGGGUUUAACGCCAACGAUUGCCACUGCACCAAAAAUGGCCAAGGAAUAUUGCUCCAACGACGACAAGACGAAAGGCGGCGGCGGUAGCGGGGGCGGUGCUGGGGCGCUGGAGAGACUGUGGGUGAUGGACGGCAACGGUCGGAGGGUGCUCUUUGCCGACGUCAGCGUUUACACCAGGAACCGAUGCUUCCGCCUGCUGGGUUCGAGCAAGUUCGGCAAAGCAGCUUGUCUUCGGGUGGCGGCGAAGAACCAGCGGACCCUCGCCCACAUGGUGUGGAGAGGGAGGGUGGGAGGAGCGUUCGCUCGCACGUCGUCGUCAUCGUCAUCAUCGUCGUCAUUGUCGCCGCGAGAACAGAAGAAGCAGCUCCGUGACGUGGCGCGAACGCUGUUGCACGACUCCCUGGUCGUGCCGGCCACCCCACGUACUUCCCCAGCGGAGCGCUUUCUGACCGUCGGCGGUGGGGCAGGCCAGCACCGCUAUUCUAGGUUCGGUAGCUCCAGGAACCAAGCAGGCGAUUGCUCUUCCUUGCAACAGCGGCAGCAACACGGGUGGUCAACUGCCAGCACUAUGUCUGCCGAACGAGACGGGCACCGCGGCAGUUCGCAACACCACGGAUGCGGUAGCAGCGAUGGCGACGGGUGGAGGGUGUCGACCCAGGGGUUCGGGCUGUCGCCGUUUCCCGCGGUCGAUUCCUUCCUGCGGACUCUGGUCUGCCAGGGAGGCACGAGAGGUGAACUCCGACAGUGGAGCUACACGGCAGGUCAAGUUCCGUCACGCACCGUCGAGCACGACGGUCAGGAAGGCAACGCCAACGGGAGUGGCAAUGCGGGUGGCACUGGGUUGGCAAGCCUCGGGAGCCCGAGCGCACCACGAACCCCGGCUACCGUCGUACGCAAGCUCACCCACCAGGUUGCCAACAACCGUUGGUGCUGGAAUAUUGGGAGGGCCCACAAAUCGAACCAUGUGUUCUUGGUGACGGACUUAUCAAGAGGCGAGGUUCGUCAGCACUGCCACGACCAGGAAUGCCGGCGGUCCGGGUAUCGCUCAAAUCCUGUGCGGCUACCCAUGGGCGUGGCGCCUUUAGAGGAUGAUCUUGAAGCGUUUGAGCUGGAGAUUGGAUUAGCGGCGGCGAUGCGAGAAUCUCCCGCCGACUGGGCGGCGGUUGCUUAACGCAGUAAAUUGCUUCCUUCAUUCUGUCGUACGACUCACAUCAGUCUUGCCUCGGCUGUAGUUGCAAUAACUACGAUGCGUAUGGACAUGGCGAAAUAAUCGAACUCCGGUUGGACCGACCGACGUUAUAGUUGAGGUCGCCAUGCUUGUUCUCUUGUCCUUGUUGCUGGGAUGAGAUUCGAGCGAGCGAUCAGUCGCCCUUCUUGCUAUAGGUGACUCGCUCGUGUGUAGCUGGUGUCUUUAUUGGCGCGCUUUUUCUUUGGGCGCAACAGGGGAGGCCGGUAAACCACAACAACACAGAAAGGAAUCAGAACGAGACGGUGUGGUCUCUCGAUGAAAUGUCGC